GUUAACGAUGACACCAUUCGCUUGAAGGAAACCGAAAGGCUGCAGAUUCGGUAAACCAGUAUCCCCAUUCCAGUUCAUUUUGGAUAAUUUAACGUCAUUGUGCCAAGCUUUGUGUCGGAUAUUUUAAAGCAAAAUGUUAAAAUCAUGUUGUACAUACGGCACUGGAGUGCUCUCAAUAGUAAUUUUGAUUAUAGGCGUUGCCUUGGUGUUGUCGCAAGUGUUUCAAAACGCACUAUACUCGAGGGUAAAGGAGGAAAUUGUGUUGAAGAAUGGCACUGAUGCAUUUGUGGCCUGGAAGAAUCCACCUCCUCCAGUGUAUAUGCAGUUCUACUUCUUCAAUGUUACCAAUCCUACCGAGGUGAUGAAUGGAGAACGUCCAGCGGUGUUUGAGAUUGGCCCUUACACCUACAGAGAAUUCCGCCCAAUGGAGCAAGUGAGCUUUUCGGAGAACGGAACCAGAGUUUCGGCUGUCAAUCCCAAGACUUACGUGUUUGAGCCCAGCAUGUCCGUAGGACCUGAGAGCGACCUCAUCAGAACUGUGAACAUUCCUGCAGUGACUGCAAUGGAAAUGUUUAAGCACAGCCGUGGAAUGAGCAUUGUCAUCUCUGCACUCUUGAAGUCUACAAAUGAAGCUCUCUUCAUGACGCACACUGUUGGAGAACUUCUAUGGGGCUAUGAAGAUCCCUUCCUAAAAGCUAUCCAUGUGAUACAUCCUGAAAUCGAUGUUAAUUUUGGUCUCUUCUAUAAGAUGAAUGCCACAGAUGAUGGAGAGUAUGUGUUCCUCACAGGAGAGCAGAACUACAAAGACUUCGCCAGAGUGGUUGAAUGGAGGGGUGAAAGUUCUCUGAAGUGGUGGAGCACAGACGAAUGCAACAUGAUCAAUGGAACUAAUGCAGCCUCUUUCCACCCAAUCAUCACUAAGAAGGAGAUUCUAUAUAUGUUCUCCUCAGAUCUUUGCAGGUCCAUUUACGCCCAGUAUGAGAAGGAUGUCAGCGUGUUGGGUAUCCCGGCCUACAGGUUUGUGCCGCCCAGUGAGGUGUUUGCCAACCACACGCUGAACCCAGCUAACGCUGGCUUCUGUGUGCCAGCCGGGAACUGCCUGGCAUCAGGUCUGCUCAACGUUAGUGUCUGCAAACAAGGUGCUCCAAUUAUAAUGUCCUCUCCACAUUUCUACCAGGCAGAUGAGAAGUUUGUUAAUGAUGUUUUUGGAAUGAAACCAAAGAAAGAGUACCAUGAAACGGUCCUUGAUAUCAACCCACUCACUGGGAUUCUUCUGAGGGCUGCGAAACGUCUGCAAGUGAACGUCUACAUCGAGAAAAUUCCAGUUUUCAGCCAAACCGGUAAUGUCCAGACACUGGUAUUUCCUGUGAUGUACCUCAAUGAGAGCGUGACUAUUGAUGAGGAGUCGGCCAAGAAGGUGAGGGCGGUGGUCACCAAGGGCGACGUGGUCGUCAACAUACCCUUCAUGCUGAUUGGCCUGGGCAUCCUGAUAGGCAUAGUCUUCACGGUGCUAAUGUGCUGUCAGCGAGGCCCUGAGUCCACUGCAUCAGAACGGCAACCCCUCCUAAGCUCAUCCUAACGGCGUCAGGGAGGAGAAGCUGGGAGACCGAGGUCACUGUGGUCUCCCCAUUGAAGGUGCCAGGUGGAGAAAGCACUGCUCCAGCAACCAUUGCCUCACUCAACUAAUAGUGUUUCUUGCAUGUUACUGACAUUUCCCGAGGAUUAGAAGGGCCAAUGUACUGGGCAAUCUCCACGAGCUGAUGUGCUCCAAAGAAUGUUUCUAAUACAGUGUGUCAUUUUAUUCUUUUAACCACACACAUGGUAGGUCCACAUGGUGGUGAUAACUAAGAGACUUUCAUCAGUGUUUUAUAUCCUUUUACCAUUUUUACCAUUUUUUGCAGCUUUUUGUUAUACCUGGGUCCCAGAGAUUUACAUUUUCGAAAUGACUAGUAUUGGAGGAUUCUUUCCCAGAAUGGAGAUGUUGAGUGCUUGGAACUUAGCCUGACAGCUAUCGGUUCACCAGACAAUCCUAGUGGAUUUAUGUCUAUGAGUUAUGAUGCCAUCUUGGAGAUGGAAGUUUUAAGCGAACACUGUCAGUGUGGUCCUGCAGAAAGUGGCUUACAAACUUUGAACAUACCACAGUGUAGUAAUCAUUCUGAACAGGAGGUAAAUCAUGCAUUAGAAGCAAAGAUUUUGAAAGAUAAUAUAUUGUGUCAUUAAUUUGACAUUUCAGAUAGUUUGGCUCUUGUUCUUUUUUUACUCAUUGAUAGCAGGCAAGUUGAAGGUUUGAAUCCUUUUUUUAAGGUUUGAAUGCUUCAAGAGUUCCUGUUAAUGAAAGUGAUGCUUGUUGUACAUCAUUUGUUUGCACUUUAAGGGUAUUAUAACCACUUUGACAGGGAUUUUAAUGACUUUGAAAUUACUUUUUUCAUUUGAGAAAGCAGAUUUCUAAUAGUAGGGUUUACUGUUUUCCCUUAGGAAAUAACCUGUUCAGAUGAAUGUCUGUCUUUGCUGAAUAUAGAAUGAACAGGUAAAUGUAUUCGGAAUUCAAAUAAAGAAGUGGAAUUAGGGAUGUUUAUAAGAACAUUGAUCGAUUAAUUUUAUUGAUUAAAUGGUAAAAUUUCGAACCGUUCCAAUGAAUAGCCUAACGUUUGCGAUUAGAUUUUACAUUAGGAGACGUUUCUCCGUCUUUAGACCCCUCGACUGGAGGAAAGUUGCCGAGUCAUGGUUCCCUCGACUGGCAGCAUUCGCAAAACGUCAUUUGCCCAUUCUUAGAACUCCGUUGCCAUCUGAGCACGUGUUUUCAGCUGCCAAUCUCACCUUCAGCAGACUGCACACCAGACUGACCCCAGAGCGCUCAUGCUCAUAUUCCUGUAAGAAAAUGCUUAGGUAUUAAGUUAGCGAAUGGUGUUACGGCUGCAUGUUACAGACAGGAAUAUAGCCUAUCAGCGAUCUUUUGUUGGGGGUUUCACUGCACUUCUGUUUUAUACUUUUACUUACCUUUUUAUUUUCUGCACAUCAAGAGGCCAACUUUACAAAGUGGGGAACUUGCUACCAUUUUGUUAAAUGAAUAGCCUACCACUUUCACUACAGAAUACACUAUUAAAUAGAUCCAUGUGUUUUAAAAAAAAAUUUAUUAUAAGAACUUGUUAGCAGCUACAAGUGAAAGACAAAAAAAACCAAAAGCAGUUAAUUUGUUUAUUACCGAGUUAAGCAUUAAUAAGCAGCAUUAAUAAACAAUAUAUUUUAUCACCAUCGCAGUGGUGAUAAAAGUCUCAGUGGUCCCUCCUCUCCUGUGCAGAUUGUCUGUGAAUCUGUGUUUGUGUAAUUUUGUUUCUUCUCAUUAUGGCUUCAAUACACAAUGCAAAUCCUGUUUUAAUGAUUGUUUGAGCAUGUCUUGAUUAAACCUUUCCGAUUAUACAACUCAUUAACUGGUAGGCCUAUUUUAGUAGAUAUUAGGCUGAUGAGUUAAAUCAUUAUUAAUUGAUUAAUGGGCUCCAAAGAUUGAUCAAAAGAACUGUACAAAAUUUGCAUCCCUAAUUGGAAUGUAGUAGUUUACAUUGUACAGUUAUAAACAGGCACUUGCAGUCAUUUGAAGUGAGACAGACAAUAUUCCCCAUGAAUGAAUGUUUUAAAAAUUGACCCUAACUUUUUUCUUGUUCAUAUUAAUUCUGGGGGUAUAUACAGUAAAAGUUGCCAAAGGUGGAAUCAUUUUGACAAAGAGUCCAGUCCAGAGCCUCAUUUAAUUUUUUUUCUCUAAAUCAAACGCUCAGCCCCGUCCUGUAGAACAGAACGAAACUCCAUUCCAGUAUAAUUUACCUGUCUGAUGGGUAGGGGAGUCUGUUUUUAUUUUUAUUUUUUGCUUUACUACAUGUAUCUGAACCAUGAGAAAGAAAAUCUCUCAACAAGACCUUUGUUUAUUAAGGAAGCAGGAAAAUAUUGGGGUCAUUCAGGAAUCAGACGAUAAUAUAUUAAUGCAGACUUACUGCUAUCGACUGUUGAAAGUUAUCGAUACUGCUAUCGGCAGUUGUUAUCGAUAAGAUAGGAUUAUGGCUGAUAUGCAAAUUUAGUGAAAAUGUCAUGCCUUGAUCAUAGUCAUCUGAAGUACUUGUCCAAAAAGUUUUUAAAAUUUUCAUAAAUUGAUGUUUGUGCCCAUCGACUUCUUCAUGAAUGUUAGUUUUUAUAUCUGCCCCCUCCCCACCCUCCUACCAUUUUUUUCCUCUAGCGGUUUCCCUCUCCUUAGGACAUCAUUGUAAAUAAGAAUUUGGUCUUAAGUGACUUGCUUGGUUGAAUAAAUGUAAUAAAAUAAAUGAAUAAUUAAGUAACUGUGGAAAAUUGCAGGGUGCAUUUGUAGUUACAAUGGAAAACGGGGAGGUAUCCGCAUCAGCCAAAAUAUGCAGUUAAAUAUUGCCUAUUAAUAUUGGCCCCAAGAAUUUCCUUGUCAUACAGCCCUACUUCUUCAUUGUUGAAAAAUUACCUAAAAACAAUAAAAUGAAGAAUGUAAAAUGGGGGUAAAAGUUAAGUAUUCUCAAAGACUAUGUUUCUGCAGUUCAGUCCUUCUACAUUCAGCCGUUACUACGCAACAUGCAGUGUUCAACCUUGACCAAAUGCUAUAAAUGUAUACUUCCAUAUAUAUAUCCACCCCCAAAUUGCAUAUAAAAUAAUAGCUGUAUCAAUACCAAAUGAAGAUAAAAACAUUCACUGCAUGUUAAAUAAAUAACUCUAAACUCUAAACAGUGAUUUUGGCUGCUUUUACCGUUCACAUGUUUGAUGAUAUGGCUUAAUACAUUUCACAGAAGGCAUUGUGUCGUUCAAACAGUUACUGAUGUAAAUAUUAUUUUUUGUGAACUCUUUGUGACUUCUCUUUUAUGCCCUGCAGAUCAUUAGAUUUUUCUGUCUCGACCCAUGCCAGUCUGUUUCACAUAACAACCCAGUGUUUUAUUGCUUUCAAAACCAGUACAUGUUUUAUCAGCUGUGGCACGGUGUUUAAUAAUCAUGUAUUUUUCCCUUCUUCUUCAAGCGUGUGCACUACCAUUGUAACAAUAAAAAAAA